AUGGUGUCGACACCUGAAGAAUGGCCAGCUUUCUCUACACACAUGGAAGAAUUCAGUCGCAGUAAGACUUUCUUCCCUGACUUUCGGAUCAGACAUAUUCCAAGAGCACAAAACACCUUGGCGGACAAACUUGCACGUGGUGCAAGAAGUUCUCCUUCAGCUAUGCUUUAUGUCGAUUCUAUCCCACCGGUUGAACAUGCACAUGACCUUAGCAAUUCCACGAAAGGUAGUAAGCUGGAUUUCUUUUGGGUUGGAAUUUUAUCUCUUUGCCACUUCCUGUCAAAAACCUUAUGUGCUCUUUCAGGCGAAAAGAAGCGCAAGAAAUCCACCGUUCAUAACGCGAAUAAGGACACCGAGCAUUCGCACAAAGUGAAAAAUGUUCGAGCUUCCAAGAAAAUAGCUGCUAAUCAUGUCGCUAUUGAUAGACUGACUUCUACCAUUGAAGAUGCUUAUGAUGAAAUCAUAGAGUUGAGAGAAUCUAUCGAAGAGAUGACUGAAACUAUGAAAAAACAACAGGAGAUAUUAUUGACAAUGGCUGGAACUAUGAAGAACCUACUGGUGAAAGAAACCCCAAAAGAAAAGUCUACAAUCAAAAGAGAGUGUGCUUUGGCACGGGAUUAUCAACCAAAUAAUAAGCAUACCAUUUUGGUUAAGGGAUAUGAUCCGUCCAUGCGUAGGGAUAUGAUGUCGAAAAGGCAUUGAUUGAACAUUUUGGUUCAUGUGGAGAGAUCACAAGGGUGUUUGUUCCCUUUAAGUGUUACACCCUUACUUGUGAUAACUCAAGUUAAAUGCAAACCAAGAUAUUUAUUACU